AUGGCGAUGCUCUACAUGCCCACAUCUUUCCCCGAUGCGCAGCUCAAAGCCUGGUUCAAACCAGGUGCCACACGAGAAAAAGAGCAGGCGACCUUCGUUCUCGCACAACUCCACAUUCUCGACACUACUAAGGAAGAUGACGGCACGAUUUCGCACUCGCUCUCCCGAGGCUUCAAGCGCAGCUUGCGACAUGCCUUGGAGGGCUCAGGGAAGGAUGGCUCUUUUGGUGUGUCUGCCACAAAAGAGGAGAGCAGGGGCGAGAGAAGGGUCAGCCUCGAGUUUUUGGACGAGUAUGCGAGAGCGCAGUGGGAGACGAUCCUCUUCUAUAUGGUUGGCGGUGCUGCAGGCGUGGACGUCAAGUCAGACAUCGGAGCAGGGACUAAAAAGCUAUUGCAUGCCGGAGAUCUCGUCAGGACGUUCCACGGGCAACCACGAAUCACGAAGGAAGGGUUUACCUUUGUGCUGCAAGAGACGAAUGCGCAGGUCUGGAACCUGUUGAUCGUGUACCUGAAAAUGGUCAACGAUCUCGGCAUGAACGAAACAGACGUACUCUCCUUCCUUUUCAUGCUCGGCUCGCUCGAACUUGGCCAAGCCUACUCGACUUCGACCCUCUCCCCAACACAACUACAUAUGCUCGACGAUCUCUCUGCAAUGGGCAUCGUCUACCGCUCUUCCAAGGAUGCCAAAGUCUUCUACCCAACCCGUCUCGCCACAACCCUGACUUCCGAGUCCGGCGGCCUCAACACCUCCGGCGAUGCAAGCUCCAGCAGCAGCAGUACCGCGAACCAGGGCUUCAUCAUCAUCGAAACAAACUACCGCCUCUACGCCUACACAAACUCCCUGAUCCAGAUCGCCAUCAUAUCGUUGUUCUGCAAACUGCAACACCGCUUCCCGAAUCUCAUAUCUGGGAAACUUACGAAGGAAUCCGUACACAAGGCCGUCUCGCAAGGGAUCACAUCUCAGCAAAUCAUCUCCUACCUCACAACCUACGCGCAUCCACAGAUGCAGAAAAACAAGACCUUCAUCCCACCCACAGUCAUGGAUCAGAUCAGGCUAUGGGAGUACGAGGGCGAGCGAGUAGAAACCAAACCCGGGUAUCUGAUGCGCGAGUUCGCGACGCAGGCUGAGUACCUGGAUGUAAUGAAGUACGCGGAACAAUGCGGAGUCUUGGAGUGGAAGAACGACGAAAAGAGGAUAUUCUUCGUCAGUCAUGUCGAGCAGGUUAGUGCGUAUCUGAAGGGCAAGAAGGGGCCGAGAUAG